GAGGAAGAGGAGGAGGAGCAGAAGAAGGAGGGACCGGGGCUGGCUGCCUGGGAGGAGGGGGGCGGGAAGGGGCCCGGGACGCGGCCGCUGGGGCCACAGCACGGGUUCAAGGAUGGCAGCCCCAGAGAGGCAGAGCGAAGGGGCUGGGAGGCACCCCGAGCCAGCUGGAGAAACAGAGCCACAUCUGCUCACAGGCAAGGAGCUGGAAGAAGCAAGCCGAUUUGCCUACACUGCUCUCUGUGGGAUGUCCCUGGCGUGGCUGUUUCCAGAACCAGAACAGAGCUCCUUCCGAAAGGAAUUUGUGGAAGGCCUCGUGAAAUGGCUGGAGUUACCAGAAACAGUUCUCCCGUCCAUGGUGGCCUUUGCCGAUGGCCUGGGAGGAGAAGAGGAGGUGACAUUUGCAGAAAUUUUAUUGAAGGAUCCAGUCUUGAAGAAUGAUCCACGGGUGAUUACUCAGGAUCUUCUGACCUUCUCCCUCAGGAAUGGCUCCUAUGACGCUCGGGCCAGGGUGCUUGUGUGCCAUGUCACCUGGCUGCUGAAAAUACCCCCAGAGGAGCUGGAGAACCUGGAAGAGAUGUUGCUGGAGAGCCUGAAGGAAAGACAGGAAGAAGAGUCUGAAGCUGCUGAAGCUUUAAGAAAAAAGAGAGAAAAUCGGAAGAAAUGGAAGCGUUAUCUCCUAAUUGGCCUGGCCACUGUUGGAGGCGGGACAGCGAUAGGGGUGACAGGUGGUCUGGCUGCCCCCUUCAUGGCUGCAGGAGCAGCCGCUAUUAUCGGCACCACGGGCGCUGCUGCUUUGGGCUCCGUGGCGGGCAUUGCAGUCAUAACCUCCCUCUUCGGAGCUGCAGGAGCCGGUCUGACAGGCUACAAGAUGAAGAAGCGAGUGGGAGCCAUAGAGGAAUUUGAAUUCUUACCCUUAAGUGAUGGGAAACAGCUUCACAUAACGAUCGCCAUCACUGGCUGGCUCUGUUCCGGUAAAUACGGAAUGUUCACUACGCCCUGGGCCAGCAUGGCGCGGAGCAGCGAGCAGUACUGCCUGGCCUGGGAAUCCAAGUACCUGAUGGAGCUUGGCAGCACCCUGGAGACCCUGCUCAAUAGCUUUGUGAAUAUGAUGGCCCAAGAAGCCCUGAAAUAUACAGUCUUGUCCGGUAUCUUGACAGCGUUGACUUGGCCAUCUUCCCUCCUCGCUGUGGCCAACGUCAUCGACAAUCCCUGGGGGGUGUGCCUUCGCCGGUCCGCAGAGGUUGGCAAACACCUGGCCCACGUACUGCUCAGCCGGCAGCAGGGUAGACGACCUGUCACUUUGAUCGGCUUCAGCCUGGGAGCAAGAGUCAUUUACUUCUGUCUGCAAGAGAUGGCCCAGGAGAAAGAUUGCCAAGGCAUCAUCGAGGACAUUGUCCUUCUCGGAGCACCAGUGGAAGGAGAAGCCAAGUACUGGAAGCCUCUAAAGAAGGUGGUGUCUGGGAGGAUCAUCAAUGGUUACUCCAGGGGAGACUGGCUGCUGAGUUUUGUGUACCGGACAUCCUCUGUGCAGCUGAAGGUGGCUGGGCUCCAGCCUGUCACCCUGGAUGACAGGAAGAUGGUCAACAUGGACUUGUCAUCGGUGGUCAGUGGCCACCUGGACUACAUGAAGAAAAUGGACACCAUCCUGAAGGCCGUGGGGAUUCGCACCAAAGACAGUCCAGGAGACAAGAUUUUCUCCAUCGCUCCCAGCCUCCAGGGCAGAGAGGAGCCACAGCCAGAAGCCUCGGAGCCUCCAAAAGAGAAUGCAGCCACAGACCCCAUGGAGACCACCCACCCCGGCUGCCAGGCCCAGGACCCUGCCCCGAGCCAGGACAGUAAAGUCACAGGCCAUCUCAGAGUCUCCCCUGAGCCUGAACCCUGCCAGCCCCAGAGCCUAGACGAGGCCAGCCGUGUAGACUGCUCCACUGUCUGCAGCCACAUCCUAGGCCCAAACCCACUGGGCUGCCCAGACUGUGCCAACAAUAAUGAGCUAGGCAGCUCCGAGCUCGACUGACCUGGGGAAAGUGGAAGACACCGCUGUCCCCGGACUCUCCCUGGAAUUCUCCUUCUAUCGCCCUUCCCCCACCAUCUACCCCCUGGCAGAGCCAGGUAAGGGGAGGUGUUUGCUCGGGGGCAUUGGCUGUUCUGGAGCCAGAGAGAGUUUUGAAGAUCUUUGACUCUGAGAAAGCAGAAGUUCUCAAGGAACCAGAAGGUGAGGGGCUCAAAGAAACGAGAACUUGUUAUAGGCUUGGGUUCAGAGAGCUUUUUAUAGGUCAGCUAAUCAGAGAUAUUCAAGACCGUCAAGCCAAUCAGACAUUUCUCAUACUUCCUGCCAAUAUCAGAUGGACGGUCCAGCUGAGAAAGAUGGAGAUGAUCCUGGGGUCAGAGUGGGUAUGAGGAGAGACUCAUAUUGUACCUCUGUUGAGCCGUAUCUGCUUCUCUUGUUUCAUCUUCACUGCCUGUGGCUAGUACUUGUACAUCGCAGCAACUUAGGGACCCGAGAGAUGAUUCCUUGGGACAGGGAACAUCUAGACGGGAAAGGGCAAUCAUAGACGUGCCCUUCCUGCUGUUGGGAAAACUGCCUACCAACACUGUGUACAUGGAGUUCUCAAGCUGGUGACUAGAGAUGAGUGAUGCCAGGCAAGGAUUUCCUGGAGCGGGGAUGUGGGAAAUAUAAUCCCUUAUACAGAGGUCACAUUUCACUCAUCAAGGGCUUUCAAAGUCUCCCUUGUACCUCUCAACAUCUCUGAGAAGGAGGGAGGGAGGGAGAGAGGAAGGAAGGUCAGGGAUGCCUCUCUGAUGAGAAACUGAGGCCCAGAAGGUCAACUGGCAGUCAGUGUCUACAGAGGAAGAGGGAAAGAUCAAAGGGAGGAGCAGCUGUGGUUAGAAGGCAGAUGGAGAAAAUAUUAAACUGAAAAUUGGAAAAGGG